UUCAACCUCAAGAAGUCGAUCAGCAACACACCAUCUUCCGUAGACGUCCGCUUCAGCAACUCCAUGUCCGGGUCUCCAGCCCCCGUGGACUUCAACAUCAGCAAGUAUAUCUCUCACUCGCCGACGCACACCGAUGUCAAGUUCAGGAAGGUCCUCGGAAACCUACCCUCGAGCGUCGAUCUCAGCUUCAGCAAGUCAGUCACUCACAACGGCCAAGCUCCAGUCGUACAUGCUCCUGACGCCCCUCAGGGCCAUGCUCCUGUUCUCCCUCAAACUUCCGAAGUCUACAAGCACGUCGCCCUAGGUGCUGGCGGACAGUCAGACUUGCCUUCGCAUCAACAGCCCGACCACGAAUUCACGCCUCACACAGCAUCUGUCGGUGGAACGUUUGAUCAACUUCUGCGCUUGGCCAAGUCCCCGGCAAUUUCCACCCUCAUCAGCAACAACCCCAACCUCGUUAUCAGACUUCUCCAGGGCCUCACCGGGUCUGAGCAGCAAAACUACGGUGCCCCUAUGAGGGCUUCCGGCGGCGACAUCGAUGCUCUGCUCAACUUCGCCCAGCAAGAUCCAGAACUGGUCCGGAAGAUCAUUAAGAACGACCCAGACUUUAUUCCCAGCCUCCUCGGUCGUAUCAUCGGCGGCACAUCGUCCGAGGUAACACCGCAGCCACCACAAGAAGACGCGGACACCAACACAACGAGUGAAGACACUAACGUUCCAGAAAACGUCCCAGUAGACGCUGAUGUCCAGCAAGCUUACAGCGCACAACUCCCUCAGGUUGCUGCCCACACAAACUAUGGCUACCCCUCAGGGUACUACGUCCAGCCUGAGCACCUCUUACCGCAUCAAACUUUUGGUUUUCCUGCUACGCAAGGCUCUGUAGUUCCAUCGUACCCUUCUGCCUACUAUCACGUUACAGCCGGUAGCGACGUGCCUCCAUCAGUACCAGGCUUGAACAUGGACUCUGAGGUACUCCAAGGGGGCAACGAGGAAUCCACUUCAGCUUCUAGUGCUCCAGCAACGGAAGCGCCUUCUGCCGCUCAGAAAGCUCAAGACGCGUACGCUGCUCAGUUUGGAGCGGACGUCGAAGAGGACAGCAAGCGACCAGCACUUCCGGCGCCUGCAGGACCUCCAGCGAGAGCUGCCAUCACGGAAGCCGCGCCUCCUCCGGCAGUUCGACCUGUCUAUGUGCCUGCGAGGGGCCACUACAGAUUCGACCCUUUGCCUGAGCCAGCCAGGAGCUUCCCUGCGCAAGUUGUGGAGUCCGGUGAUGUGGACAGCGAGGCAUCAUCUCAAGGGCAAGUGUAG